AUGAAAAUAGCACGCGGCGAAUCGAUUAAGGUCCUUCACAACAAAUUCAAGAACAUAUACAAGCACGAGGAGUUUGAGACCGUUUUUGCCUGGUGCGAUAAAUGGAUUUUGAUUGAGAAGAGUGAUAAGUCAGUGCGCCUAUGGUGCUUGACUAUCUGGGUCGAACUUUUUACCACGGUCCAGCGAUAUCUCCAUUGGAUGCAAGGCGUCAAAGAGGGUAGGACUUCUGGCGACGAGAUCCUUGACCGGGCUUGGGUCCUGAACCACUACGACGGCCUUUGGAAGUCAUCGAAAUUCCGCCAGGUCCAGGUCGUGGAUCCUAGCCUUGUCGCGCUUCGACCCCGCGCCCUUGUGAAGCAGAGGGUAGCCAAGCUUGUGUCUUCGAUCCUUUCAGUCGAUAACGAUGAUGACGUUUACAUCCCCGACGAGACUACAUUCGAGGAAUAUAACGUGCCUUACCCAACUGAUUCUGGGGACUCGGGAGACGCGACAGCGACAGAUAUAAUCCCGGCGACCCAGGAUUCCGUGAUCGACCCAGACCUCACCCAAUGA